UCUAUACACGCAUCCAAGCUCAUCUCCAACUCCAACUCCAACUCCAACUCUAUCACAACUCAUCACCAUGUUCAUCGGUAAGAUUCGGUGAACCAAUUGCGAUUUUCACAGAAUUUAUUUUCUUCGGGAGAUUCCCACUUGGAGAAUAAGGAGCAGAAACUUUUGUUUUCCUUUGAUUGUCUGAAAAGGACGUCUUUGUUACAAUUAAAAGUGGAUAUAUUUUUGAGCUCCAUUUAUUCUGAAUCUUGGGAUUUGAUCUUGUCUCUAGUAAUUCAGGAAAUGGUUAAAAGGUAUGGGGCGUUUUGAUGUGCUGAAAAUAUCAUGUGGCAGUGCGUAGAGGGAAUCGUGCAUGUGUUUGCUUCCCUUCGUCAGUUUUAUGAUCUAUAUUUGUACAGACAAUCAAGAGGCCUUGAAGAUCCUGCACUUCUUGCAAGAGAGACAGUGUUCAGUGUGAGUGAGAUAGAGGCACUUUAUGAACUUUUUAAAAAGAUCAGUAGCGCUGUUAUCGAUGAUGGACUGAUAAAUAAGGAGGAGUUUCAGUUGGCAUUAUUUAAGACAAACAAAAAAGAAAGCUUGUUCGCAGACAGGGUAUUCGACCUGUUUGAUACAAAGCACAAUGGGAUAUUAGGUUUCGAAGAGUUCGCUCGUGCUCUCUCUGUUUUUCAUCCGAAUGCUCCCAUCGACGACAAAAUUGAAUUUUCUUUUCAACUUUAUGAUCUCAAGCAGCAAGGCUUCAUUGAGAGGCAGGAGGUUAAACAAAUGGUAGUGGCUACCCUGGCUGAAUCUGGAAUGAACCUUUCCGACGAUGUUAUAGAAAGUAUUAUUGAUAAGACCUUUGAGGAAGCUGACACAAAACAUGAUGGGAAGAUUGAUAAGGAAGAGUGGAGAAGCCUUGUUCUGCGGCAUCCGUCCCUUUUGAAGAAUAUGACCCUUCAAUACCUCAAGGACAUUACCACAACAUUCCCAAGCUUUGUGUUCCAUUCACAAGUCGAGGAUACUUGAACUCAAUAAGAUAUUGGCUUAAAGCUUGCAUGUCCAUACUGUUUAAGGUUGGUUUGAUAGACAUCAUGGCCCUCUCAUAUAUGAAGGGCCCAAGAGAUGUUUGUUCUAGAUGCUGUAAUAACUCAACUGUUGACAAUUUAUCUUCUGGUUUUGCUUGUGUUAACUCACGCGUGAUGCGAUUGUUACUUGGUGAA